AACACUUGUACUUUUAACCCUAAGCCAAGCAAGCAAGCCACUAGGGUUUUCAAAAAAUCAAAAUGGCUUCAAAAGGAUCAGCUUCCAUUGCCCUCUUUUUCACACUCAACAUCCUCUUCUUCUCCCUAGGCAGAGCUUGUUACACCUGCCCUCCCACCAUCCCUAACCCGAGGCCAAACCCGAGGCCAAACCCGAACCCAACUCCCACUCCAUCUGCACAAGGAAGAUGCCCCAGGGAUGCCCUUAAACUAGGUGUGUGCGCUAAUGUGCUUAACUUGGUCAAUGCCACCAUCGGUACACCCCCGGUGCGGCCAUGUUGUUCCCUUCUCCAAGGCCUCGUCGACCUCGAAGCCGCCGUUUGCCUGUGCACUGCUAUCAGAGCUAACAUACUAGGCAUCAACCUUAACAUCCCAAUCUCCCUGAGCUUGCUUCUCAACGUCUGCUCGAAGAAUGUUCCCACGGGCUUCCAAUGCUAAACCGACUCUUUUCGUCGUCAUUGUCGUUCUUACAGUUUCCAGUAUUUCCAGUAAAUCAGUGUUGCCGUCGGUAACUUUUGUUGUUUUUCAUUUCCUGUGGAGAUUGAUACUGAAUAAGUCUGAUACUCUUCUUCAAGUGCUUUUCUUAGGGCUUUUUGUAUCUCUAAGGGACAUGACAAGACUUGUAUUAUUCACCUUGUUUUAUUUCCUUAUUGUUUCUAUGUCGACUAAUUAAUGAAAUUUGUA